AUGUUGCAGCUGAAGUCUGAGAUCCGCCACUCACCCUACCAAAGCAAAACAGAAGCAAAGAUAUACAGAGAUAAACAGGCCACUUACACAGGUGCUAAUUUAGGAGCAACAAGAGAUGUGCUUCGGAAAAGUGAUCUGGAUAAAGGAGGUUUGGAGGAGUAUGUGCUUGGACUGACCUCUUUAGCAAAAAACCUGAGCAGAUCGCUCAGCCAGCAGCUGGACAAUGUUACAGAAAUUAUUCAAGACAUCGGCCACUUGCUGAGUGCUCUCCAUGAUAAACACAAGGAAUUGACUGGAAGUCCAGGCAACUGCAGACAAGAUGGUGAUUCUCAGAACCAGACUGGUGAAAAUGCUUCUGGAGAAAUAGAUGAGCAUUGUUCGGAAGGAGAAGCAACAGACUCUGUGCAAGAAUCCUCCAGUUCCAGUCAGCAACUCCAAAGAACUCCUUCUCUGAACAAGACAGAAAGUCAAAAUGUCAAUCAAACCCACACAAGUGAAAUUAAAACUGUGAGGAAAAUUGCAUCCUUAGCUGAAAAUAAAUCUGCUCAAGAACAAGACACCAGCAGAGAAUCUCCAAUGAAAAAGGAAGAUGGUGAACACCAACUACUAAUUGUCUCUUUUACAGAGAAAAAAGAGUGCAAUGGAAAGGAUAAACUUCAUGGAGGUAGCUUUGUUACUGAAAAGCCUUCAGAACUGGAGGCUUUUCAGGAUGCUCUUUCAAGCAGUGAGGAAGACAUUCUGUCUGGGACAUUGAAGGACAUUUAUGACAGAAGCAUCACAAAUUCUUUCAAACAGAAGAAAAGGGAAAAGGAAACUUUUACUGUUCCAAAGGUAGGACUCUUACAAAAGCUGAACGUGGAUUCUAGAAUCUCUUUCUGUUGCCAUCCAGAAGCUUCUCCGGCCCCUACGCAGUUAAAGAUUCAGCCAGUUGAGCCAUCAUUGGUUUCAGCAUUGAAAGCAAGACAUAUGUAUCACUCAGUGAUAUCUACUAGUGCACUAGUUCAUGUCCAGCAUCCUUCAGCCCAACCUUCCCACAGCUCAGUCACUAUUACCCUACCCUGUCCUCCAAACCCAGACAAAAAAAAGACUGCAAUACCUAUGAGCUUUGUUGGAAACACUAGAGCAAGGCCUCAAAAUUUUCAUGCUACAGUUUCACCAGAAAAAUUAAUACAGGCUGCGAGCACUUCUGUGAGAAAAAGUGGGGACAAUCUCAGUGAUACUUUGAAAUUAUUAGGUCAUGGAAACAAAGAAGAGGGGUGGAAGGUGUUUGAUGAUGUUAUUAUCCAGAAUGCACAGAAUGGGCUUGUAUCUUUUGAACUAAAUGAGCAUUUAGAAAGCUUGGUGGUCAUUUGCCUUGCAUUCCUUUUGCAAAACAGGUGUCUUCUCCUCUUUUCUCAGGCUCUGGAAGAAGCUCUCAUAGCACGUAGCAGGAUGGCUAAUGUGAUACUGUAUCAGAAAAGAGAAAACCCAUGUAAAAUAGUAGUUUUGCUGUCUGCAUCCAGAGAAUUGACUUAUGAACUUCAAAAUCUCCAUGAGGAGGGUUAUUGUGGUCCCCCAGAACCUACGCAGCAAUUCCCAUUAAGACAAGGACAGCAGAUUCACUUUAGAUAUAGAGGAAAUAUUUCUGCUUCAGAGAAUGGAGAAGACUUCAGGAAAGUCUACAGACUGAUUUUUCAUUCACAAAGACAACCAAGGCUGGAGCUCCAAAUUCAAGAAGUGGAUGAAUUUGGUAACCAUAGUUCACCUCAUUACAAAGGAACAGCAGUGUUUUAUAAAAUUACCAGAGAGAUGAUACCAAAGAAAUGGGAACAAAGCUUGCCAUAUGAUGAAUAUCAACACCAGUCUCCACUGUGCAAAUUAGCAUUAACACUGCCAAAACAUGAAAAAUUGAUCCACUGUCCACGAAGUACAAAAAGAAUUUUUUCUGAUUCAUCAGAGGCCCUAUGGGACAAGUUGCUGUUCUGGCUUGCAGAAGAGCUUGCAGAAGAUAAUACAUCAUUGUUUGCUUUAUGUUUACCUGUUUGACGGAGCGUGCUUCAGCUUGUUAGGCUGAAGUGCCCUGAUAAUUUAACACUUCAGAUCUAUGAGCUGCUUUGCUGCUGGAAAAAGAUCCUUCCAAAGCUGGCUGAUAAACAGCAGCUCUUGUCUUGCUAUUUGCAGAAGAGUGGCAGAAGUGAUCUUUCAGAAGAACUUCAUUUAAAGUGGAAAAAUAAGGUGUUCACAGAAUCACUGGCAACUCACAGCCCCAUUUCUCUUCUUUCUUGUUGA